GAUGUCGAACACACUGCGAGCCUCCUGCAGGAGGAAGUAAUGGCUGGGAAAAGCUCGGAUGACUCUUUCAUCAUCGCCAAGUCGAGACCCCCAAGCCCGACUCUCCAUCGACGGUUGAAGACUUUCGGGACAAUGGAAGAAGAUUUCCAGGACUCCCCUGUCGACGAAGAGCUCCAAUGCUCCAACACUGAGGGGACACAAGAAGAACGAGAUCUGGAUCCACCUCAAGACCAAGAACUGGUUCGAGUGUUCCAGGAUCAACAAAACCAGAGCCCUGAGAGUUUCAAACAGGAUGGGGGGCAACUAAAUAUUCACUCUAAUCCCAAACAGGUUGAUGUCCAAGAUGAAGACAGUACAAAAGAAAAUGAGUUCCAAGAUGAAGUGGAGGUCAAAGAUGAGAGAAACCUUCACCCAGAUCAACAUGAGGGCCAGAUGGAGGUUCAGGGAGUGAACCACAAUCCACCAGAUGUCCACGAUGGUCAUGAGCACGGAGGUCUUGUUGCUGAGGAAGAAACAGGAGAGUCUGAUCUGUCUCCAGUCAACCGGGAUCUGUUAGGACCUGGGCAGAUCAGGGGGCAGUGUCUGGACAGAGCUUCGCCUCAGGAUGAGAACCAAGCCGAGCGUCGGCUAGUUCACCGCGGAGACGCCGACGCGGACCAGGACCAGGACCUGACGACUGCAGCAGCCAAUCAGGACGGAGCCGGGGAGUCAGGUGGCAGCGUCCCAGCGCCGGUAAUCAGUCAGGCAGAGGAGUCUCGACCAGCACCAGCUGCACCAGUUGGGCCACCAGCGAGUCCGGUAGAACCAUCGGAGCCUCCGAGGCCAGAGAGACCAGCGGAUCUGGGGAUCCCUGCGGCUGUAAACAUGUCCACAAAUCCCAGGCUGAGCUCCAGCAGUGACGCAGGAGACAUGACCUGCUCCGACCUCCUGUCCCUCAGGAGCGACUCCUUAUCUCUGGCCAGCGAGCCGACCAUCUCCAGGAGGGUGAGUGGGAGACGAGUCCACCCUGUUUUCUACCGGCUCUGGUGA